GCUCGUCAUAUAUAUCUACAUUGCCAUAAGAAGCCAUAAUGGAAGAAAAAGCAAUCUAAUCAAUGAUAUUCUUAAAUAAUUUUUGUUAACAUAUUGAACGGUUGACGUGAUGAUGAUGUUAUUAAUACUAUAUGUUUAGGGUGAUAAUAUUUUUGUAUUUAUACAUUAUUAUGGUUUUUGUUUUUCUAAUGAGAGAAAGUAUCUAUCUAUCUGUGCGUGUGUCUAAACCAUAGAUGGCUCAGGAGAGGUUUUCGGCAAUUGGGGCGGAGAAAAUGCAUAAUUUGGGCUUAAAAUCAAUCCAAGCCCAUACACAGGUCCACCCCUUCUGUUGGGCCAGCCCGAACCCAAUCAAUUUAUUUAAGCCCCGAAAUCCGCUCAAUCUUUCCCGCCGAAGCUGAAGAAUCUUCUUCUUCUUCUUCUUCUUCUUCUUCUUCGUGCUCUCUCUCUCGCUCUCUCUCUCUCUCUCAUGGAUCCUGUACUCUACAACACCCACGUAAAGCUCCUGGCCUUCGAUCUCCUCUCCCUAAUCCCAACCUCCACCGAUCCACCCUCCUUUUCCCGCCAAGGAAAGCUCCCGCUCAGCCGCGCCGAAACCGUCGGCGUGGUAGUCACCCGAGAGCUGAAGCCCAACAAGUUCCUCAAAUUCAGUGUCGAUGACGGCUCCGGAUGCAUCCCCUGCAUCCUCUGGCUUAACCACCUCUCCUCCCCUUACUUCUCCCGCCGCUGCCCCUCAGAUGUUCGACUAAUUGCCUCCAUGGCUGACCGCUUCCAAUCCCUAAUCCAGCUGGGCGUCGUCACCAGAAUCCGCGGCCGUAUCACCCACUACCGCGGCUCGGUUCAGUUAACUGUUUCCGAUGUCGUUGUUGAGAGGGAUCCCAAUGUGGAGAUACUGCACUGGCUGGAGUGCAUCAAGUUGGCUCGUGAGUGUUACAAUUUGGUAAACGUACCUUCUUGUAAACGGAACUGAUAUGUUGUUGUCGAUAUACGUAUGCGCUCUAUAUUGUUUGUCUCUUACAUUGUUUGAUUUGAUGAUUUUAUGCAUAUGUUGUAACAUAGUCUUUCCUUAAAUGUGUGAUUUUCAUUUUAUGUUCAGUUAUCGUGAUUUGGUUCUCAGAAUUCAAAUCGAAGUCAACAAUGCAAAUUGUUGAACUCGAGAAAGUCCAAACCAUAUUCCAGCUGCUCCAGGGGUUGUGGAUCAAUGUAGUACUGGCCACCCACUUGGUGGAUCUUUAUCCUUUGAGUUUGUUAUUAGCUGUUAUAUAUGUUCACACACACAACAUAUAUAACAGAAAUAAUUAACAAAUUUUAUGUUACAGUGUAGGCUGUGUUUAAAAUCUGAAAUUAGAUAAAGGUUACAGAAAAAGUAGGUAAAACUUGAUACUUCUUAUGCAAUAUUCAGUCAGAGGAAUUGACCACUAAGGAUACUGAGUAAUUGACAGCAGGUUUACUUGUAAGAUAAGCCUGGGUGCCUGUAGAGCUCACUGUGACAAUACUUUGAAGAUUUUAAAUUACUUGAACAACAGGUGGAUCGACUGAUACCAAAGCUAUAGAAAGCUUUAGUUUCUAACUUGCCACAAUUAACUCUAUCUUGAUUGAGCUCAAGCCUUUCUUGGGGCAAAGAUUUUGAGCCAUGUUUGGGAGGUUUUGUUUAUUUUAAUUGAUGGGAAAUUGGAAGCUGGGCAUUUUGGUUUCCUAUCAAAUAAAUAUGUGAAAAGGUAAAGGUGAUUAUGAGUUUAACCAAUUCAAUGUGAAAAUUUAGUGCUAUCUAUUUAAGGUAUAUUAGACUAGCUCAAGGAAUGGAGCUAUGGUUAUUAGAGAACUCUCUUUACCCAAUGGUUCAUCUGUUUUCAUACCCAAAAUUGAUAGAGAACGAGUAAAUUUUGAAGGAAAUCUUCUUGAAAAUAUUCUGUGAUGUUUCCAAAACUUAAAACAUUUUAAAAACUUCUUAGUAAUUUUUUAAGAAAUUUUGUAGAACAUCUUAGGCACAUGUUUUUCACAUUUUAACUGUAUUUCUUAUGUAGGACAGAAUAGUAAAUAUUAGGAAUUAGUAUUGUUUGUUUUAUUUAUUUAGUUAGUUUGUUUCCUAUUUUCUUUUGAUUUCUUUAAUGUUUUUUUUCCUUUUAGUAGAAUCCUAAUGAGAUUGGUUCAGGAUCCUAGUUAGAAUAAAUUUCAUCCAUUGGUUGUUUAUAAAUAGUCUUUGAGAUUGUAAUUAAAGACAGAUUUUGAUGACUGAAAUUGAAUAUUGAUACUGGUUUUGAGUAAUUGGGAUUACUCUUGUUCUUUUUGUUUCAGGUUUUGCAUCAAUUUUCUCCAACCAGAGGAGAAUUGAUGUAGGAUAGAAUAGUAAAUUUUAGGAAUUAGUAUUGUUUAUUUUCUUUAUUUAGUUUAUUUCCCAUUUUAGUUUGUUUUCUAUUUUCUUUUGGUUUCUGUCCUAAUUAAAUUGGGAUUAUAUUUACAAUCUUAAUUAGAUUGGAUCAAGGAAUCCAAGUUCGAGUAGAUUGAUAUCUAUUAGUUGUCUAUAAAUAAUCCUUUUUGGUUGUAAUUGAAGAUAGACUUUGAUUAUUAAAUUUGAAUAUUUAGAAUUUGGUUUGAGUAAUCAGGAAUACUCUUGUUCUUUUGUUUUAGGUUCUACAUCUAUUUCACUCCUAAAACUUGUUUUCCAACAAUAAUAUAUAAUUGUUUGUCCACAUUUGUCUAGAUAUUAUUGGGCACUAACAUUUCAAAUUGAUCAUGCCAUAUUUUGAAGAUUUAUAUUACUAUAUUUGUAAUUUUUAAUUAUUUUUGUACCUAAUAUAUAACAUGAAGUAUGAUUCCAUUAAAGUUAAAGGGAAAAUUUUAUAAGACAAUUGUAUGCCCAACUUUGUUGUAUAGCAUAGAAUGUUGGGUAGAAAAACACCAUUAUAUGCAAAAUAUGAACGUUAUCAAUAUAAGGACACUUAGAGAUGGCAAACAGGCCGGGCCGGGCUGGCCUGGCCCGCCACCAAGUGGCCCGCGGGCCAAGCUGGCCGGGCCAAAUCGGCCUGCUUAAAAACGGGCCAGCAGAUUGCUGGCCCUAGCCCAGCCCUACACGGGCCAGCCUAGCCGGCCCAAAUUUUUUGUUUUUUUUACAAAAUAAUUUUACAGAUAUUUAAAACAAUUAAAUAUCUGAGGGCGAGGGCGAGGGCGAGAGCGAGGGGCGCGGGUGAGGGCGAGACAGAGGGCGAGGGGCGCGGGCAAGGGCGAGGGCUAGACAGAAGGCGAGAUGAGGGCGAGUGCGACAGAGGGCGAGGGCGAGACAGAGGGUGAGGGCGAGACAGAGGGCGAGAGGCGAGGCUGAGAGUGAGAGGCGCUUUUUUGGGGGGGGGGGGGUGGCCGAUUAGCGGGUCGGGCCAAAUCGGCCCGGCCUUAAAUGGGCUAGCAAAAUGCUGGCCCUAGCCCGGUGCCGGGCUGGGCCCCAACGGGCCAGUCCGUCGGGCCAAGCCCAUUUUGCCAUCUCUAAGGACACUAAGAUGGAUGUGCGGCCGUGCAAAAAUGAUGAAAUCAGACACGAGGUUAUUCAUGAUAAGGUCGGAGUACUUCCUAUUAAAGAUAAGAUGCGUGAGAUAUAAUUAAGAUGGUUUAGUUAUGUGAAGAAAGACUAAUAGAGUCUCUUGUUCAAAGAGUAAAUGGAACAGAACAAAUAUUUAGCAAAAGAGGUAGAGAAAAAUCAAGAAAAACUUGGUUGAAGGCACUUAGGUUUUAUAUUAAUUAUAUGGGCCUCAAAAGAUAAGUCCAUAGGUAAAAAUAAAUGAAAAGCUAGAGAUCAUCUUGCCCAUCCACGUAGAGGCUUAGUACGUUGUUGUAUUAUUAUAUUUCCUAAAGUUUUACAUUUUAUUAGACCAUGUUUCACAAUUCUGUUUCCCAUGUGUGGCAACUGUGAAGGAAAUUAAUGCUUUUGUCAAAAAAUUAUGCAUAAACUGCUUUUGCUUUUGAUUGCCAUGCUUUCUCUUAGCUAAGGUGAAUUCUUGCAACUCUAAAAUUCAAAUCUAUCGUUUUAGAAAGUGACCGCAACAUUUUCUUUGGCGUGCACAUUUUCUCAUGAAGCUCGUCCUUCUCGUCUCAUUCAUCCAAUUGAAUGAAUCCUAAACAUGCUGAAGCACCUCCCCUUUUUGUUCCGUUUAAUAUGCAACUUACUCUUUUUACUUAAUAUUGUUGUUUUCUGAUUUAUCUACAAGUCAUAACACAAUGGCUGCAAAUUAAUCAAGCUCGAACAUGCCAGUACAGAGAUCUAGUGAUGUCUUUUCCCUUUUUCAGUUUCCAAUUUAUUGUUGGAGUUAACAGUUCCUAUGGUAUGAAAGAUCAAACAAGUCAGCUUGGAUCUUAGCCCCUUCGUUGGGGCCUUUUGUUUGUAAACUCCUUGGUUAUUAAGAUAAAUAAAUAUAAAAAUCCACUGCAAAGUCUUGGAAGUUGGAGCGCUACCCCUUUUGCUAGAGGUGGUUUUGACUAUGAAGAAAACGGUUUUCCAUUUUGUCGAGGAUCAGACAAAAUACUUGGGAAGAGGAUUGGUCUGACCAUGUAAUUGCUUCUGGAAUGUCCCAAUUGAGCUGAAAGUGCUUUUAGUUAGUUGAUCUAUGCUUUUAUUUAACAACGUGCUGAUUGGCAGUUAGUGUGGUCGCUGGCCUAAAAACCUUUUCUGAAUUCUUAUUUUGUUGAGAAAGAUAUCCGUUCUGCCUUGGUGCCUUGAAUGUGAGAAAUCCAAUAUAUUUGAUGUGGAUGUGCCAACUGAGGGCCAGUGCGCCAUUAAUCUUAUAUUUCUUUGGUUUCUACAUUAUCAGUAAGACCUUGGUGUCGAGGUUUAUAUUUGGAGAAAUUUUGCCCCGAUCAUUUUGGCUCUAUUUGAGAACCAACUAGUUUGCUUAUGUCAGAGUCAUGAAACCAGUUAACGGAUGCUUUUCGUAAAGGAGAUCGUAGAUAUCUGAGCAAACCCCUGUUGCAGAGAAACAAUUUGCCUCAAUCUUAAUGCUUGGUUUUAUACUCUUUAGGAACCAAUAAUUCUUAGUUUAAAUUUGUUUAUGGGUGGUCAAAGUUGAGUUUAGAUUUUCAAAUGUUGAGGGCACCAUCCCUAAAGGCAAUUGCCGAAAGAUGAUGUGGGUUAAGCCCAAUAUUCCUUUUUUUUUUUUUUUUCUUUUUUCUCUUGAAUUCAACCAACCCAACCGCCCAUCUGCCUCUCAUAACACAGUCUUUCCAGACGAGGACUGAAGAUCAACCUUUGUUGAUUUCAUUCUCGUCGUCCAUUUGUCUCUCCCAACAUGCUCCGCUUUUCAUUUCUUGUAGUUCUUUUGACCCACAAUAGAUUAUGAUACGGUGGAUGCAACUGGAUAUUUUGGAGGCUUCAAUAACAGUCUUGGUGAUCUUGCCCAGAGGAUAUGGCAGGGAGGCCAAAUGGUGGGAUUGCAUCAGUAAUCUUCUAUCUCUUUAGAUUUGAUGGUAGCAAAAUAGACUGAAAGAAAGCGAAAGGCAGGCCAAUAUCUUUUGCGCUGGUCAAUAAACUGAAUUGAAAUGGACCCGUUGUCCUGUGUUUGGUUAAAAAUGGCCCUCCCUCCCUCAAAAUCUACCCAAAGGUGAAAGCAAUUCACAUCAGCUGCUACUUUGUCUUUCCCCACCCUUCCUUUUUAGUACUUCUCUUGUGCAAUAGCCCAAACCCUGUGGCUGUGAUGUUAUUCUGCAACUGGAAAUGCAAACGGGCCAACCAGUAUCUCCAGUUGUAACAAUAAAGAAAGAUUAAUUAAGCAUAAUAAGAAAGUCUUCUAUAUAUUCUCCAUUGGGCCUCUCUCAUUUAGGUGGAGAGAUGAUGCGAGUGAUAGUGAUGCUCUGACCAUAUGUACCACAGAGUUAUUUAAAAGGCUGCUAUCAAUCACUUUAUGCGAUCUUUUUAAAUUUUAAACCAACGGGGCAUAUGAGAAGCUGGGGGAUUAGAAAAAUUCAAAACGAGGAGUCUACAUCACAAGCUGAGAGUGCUUUGGAAAUGGCAAUUUCUUUUGCCAGAUGGUGUGGAAAAAAUGACAUUUGGAGGAGGGGAGAAAGCCCAUUCCAAGGGAGCACAAACUGCUUCCAUCUAGGAGAAAAGGGGAGACUGUUGGGUUAAGAUUUGGGUGUUCUUAAAUGUGGACCGACAUUUUGUAUUAAUUAUAAGAUUUUGAGUUCAAAUAUUUUUUUGUUCGUCGAUGACUAACUAUUAUUCAGUAAUUUUUUAUUUUUUUUUAUCUUUAGUUGGUGGGAUGAUAUCCCUACUCAAAAGUUUAUUUACUUUUUGACUUUGGAUGAUGGCCCUAAUCGAACAAUCUUCAUGCGGUCCUUUAGUCAAAGGGUUGGGUAAUGAAGACUAAGAAGAAGAAUUGUGACAAUUUUUCUAUUUAGUUUUGAGUCGUGGGAGUAGACAAUUGGUCUGGAAGAUGCAAGUUGGAAUUGUAAUUGUUUCAUGAUUGAUUAAAUUGGGUUUGGAUGGCCACAAUGCUAUGACUCAUUCCUUCGUGGCAUAUAACGAAGAGGAUAAGGGAAGGGAGGAGGUGGUGUUAGAGAAGGAAGGAUAGCCGAUAGAAUCAUAAUUAAUUUCUCUGCCCAUUUCAUGGCAAUCAGUUUAAUUGGUAUUAGUUAUCAAUUUUUAAAAUAUUAAGUUGGUUGGAAAGAAGAAAGAUUCAUGCUUUGGUAGUUGAA